CUUUAUAAAAUCCCGUGUAUGUACACGGUUACAGCAGUGUCAGUCAAAAACUGAAUUGACCAGCCGGCAACAGUGAUUACAGUGGCUGUCUGUCAUUCAUCCUUAUGCAAACGGCAAUGUCGGGAUUCUGGUCUGUAACUUGUAAAUAAGCAAACAGCCUUUCGCUACCGGCAUUGUUCUCCAUUAUAUCACCACUAACCAAACAUGACGGCCAUCGCCACCAACGGUUUUCGCCAUCUCCUGAAACCAGUCAGCGCCACAAAUGGACAUUCGAUCAACAAAGGCGUCACGAUGCACGUCAACGGCAACGGCCAUCCCAUGCAGCAGCCCGACGACAAGUUGACCUUUACCUGGAAUGUGGGAUUGAUUAACUCCAAGAAUCAUUAUCUGACGGCCGAGACAUUCGGCAACAAGGUCAAUGUCACCGGCACGUCGCUGCGGAAGAAACAGUUCUGGACGCUGAUUCCCGGGCGCGACAUCAACGUCAUCGCCCUGAAAAGCCAUCUGGGCAAAUAUCUGUCGAUUGAUCAGUACGGGAAUGUGACGUGUGAAGCGGAACAUCCGGGCGAUGGGGAAUACUUUACCAUUCUGGAGGCCGAUGACCACUCGGGGCGGUGGGCGUUGCGCAAUGAGAAAAGCCAGUAUUUUCUCAGCGGCGACGGAGAAAAACUCUCCGGCACUAGUCGGCUGACGGUCCCCAACGAAUUCUGGACAAUUCACAUGAGCAUCCAUCCCGUCUGCACACUGCGGAAUAUCGGACGGAAACGGUAUGCCCGCGCCCGCGGCGAUGAGAUCCAGUGUGAUCAGGAUGUGCCUUGGGGACAGGAAUCGUUGCUAACACUGGAAUUCAUCCAGCAGCGCUAUGUUAUUAAAACCUACAGUGGACUGUAUCUGAAUAAUCACGGCAAAUUGGUCCCGGAUAUCAGUCCGGCGACGCUGUUUACCGUGGUGUUUUAUGGGGGACAAGCGGCACUGCGGGAUAACAGCGGGAAGUUUUUGUCACCGUUCGGUAAUGAGGCGACUCUGCGCUGUAAGAAUCCCAAUAUCAGUAAGGCGGAGCUGUUUAUCCUGGAACACGCACAGCCCCAGUGCUCGCUGCUGGCCCGUAACGGUCGAGUGGUCUCCAUGCGUCAAGGCGUUGACCUCUCGGCUAACCAGGAUAGUGUAUCAGAGAACGAGAUCUUUCAACUGGAAUGCGACAAAUCAAGCAAAUGUUGGCGUCUGCGAACCUGUUUGAAUAAAUACUGGUGUAUACAGGGGAGCAGCCAUGGUAUACAAGCCAACGGGGAUGCCGGGAGCGAUGAAAGCGGAUUUGAACUGGUAUGGAUGGGAGACGGGAAGGUGUCCCUGAAGUCAGUGAAGAAUGGCAAAUUUGUGCUAGCACGUCCGACCGGACACCUGUUUGCUCAGUCAGAUUCUGUUGACACAGCCGAGCAAUUCCAACUCUUAAUUUCAAACCGGCCCAUUAUCGGUCUACGAUCCGUCUACGGAUUCGUCGGACUAAAAACAGCAACAUCAACCAAACUGGAAUGUAAUAAGUCAUCCAUAGAACCUAUCCGACUAGAAAACGCUCCCAGUGGAGCAAUCUAUCUACAAGGACCAAACGGGCUUUACUUGAAUGUCGGUGAUGACCAAGUGAUCAACUCGGAUGCAAAGGAACCGCGACCGUUUUUCAUCCAGUUCCGGGAGUCCGGUCGGAUUACCCUGAAAGCGCCCAAUGGACGUUACGCGGUUCCGGAACAAAACGGGCUCUUUAAAGCUUCCGCUGACGAGCACAGUGCUGCAGAAUGGGAAUACUAAAGAUGGGAAAUUUUAUGCUUUCUUAAGUUUCUUUGGUGCUUUACCAGAAUAUGCAGCCCUUUAAUUACCACAGUACACAAUGACGAUGCCACUUUCACUAUAGUUGCUUUAAUUACUUCAAAAGCCUAAUGCCGGGAUUUCUAGCGGUAAUCUGCAAAUUAUUUCAAGUUUUAUAUGGCGGAAUCCAUACGCAGUAAUCAGCUGAUUUUUAGACAUUUUGAUUUUAUCGGUUGGUGUUUGUUCUCGGUGCACUUGACUGUACCUUACAUAUUAAAGCGAUUUGCCAGUA